AUGCGUUAUGCACUCACGGCAAGUCUCAUAGCUUUCAUCAGUGCCAGAGCCUUUUACUACUCCUCGCUCCAACCAAAGACCCUUGAACUCGUCCAAAUUCCACACACUUGGAUCGAAAACGUUGCCAUUCGUUCCAACGGCGAUCUUCUAAUGACUACAAUCGGAGAAGGCAAAGUAUAUUCUUUCUCUCCGAACAGUACCCCUGCUGAACCCCGCGCUAUUUUCAAAGUUGAGGGAGUGAACGCACUGUCUGGUAUCGCGGAGGUUGGGCAAGAUGUCUUUGCUGUUACUGGAGGCAUCUUUGAGGGGAUGUAUCAGAACGACACCAUGAAUCUUUCCCUUCUCAAGUUUGAUGGUGAUAAGGUCUCCGUGUCUACUGUCUUUCAGAAGUCCAAGUACGGGCCGAUCAAUGGCAUCUUGGCAUUGCCACGCCAUAGACACAUCAUUCUUGCUGCUGAUGCCGAAAGGGGUGAGAUUCUGAGAAUCGAUACAACUACUGGACAUGUUGAAGUAGCUAUCAAAGACAAAGCACUCGCUCCAGUUUCUGGCGGGCCUUUCCCCGUUGGUGUAAACGGGAUCAAGAUUUUCAAUGACUACCUAUACUUCACCAACACCGCUCAUCAGUCCUUCAAUCGAGUCAAGAUUGAUGAUAUGGGAAACAAACUUGGCGAUUUCGAGGUUCUUGCCAAGCUUGAAAAGGGCUCCUCUUAUGUCCCGGAUGGCUUUGCCAUGGAUCUAAAUGGAAACGCGUAUGUUGUUUACUGGCAGGAUAGGGUUGUGAAAAUCACUCGAGGAGGAAAACAAACUGUUCUUGUGGAGGGGCUUCUUGCUGGUCCUAGUAGUGCCACCUUCAGCAACGAUGGAAAGAUUCUGUAUGUUGUUACGUCUGGGCAGAAUAACGAUGCUGUCUCUGGUGGACAGGUAGUAGAAGUCAAGCUGUAAGGUUCUGAGCAACAGCUACCACAAUAUCAAACGAUGAAAUCCGU